AAAAUUAAACUCGACAAAUGGAUUAAGAUGUUAACAAACGAGGAAUACAAGGUUUCAUUUUUUCCUCUAAGUCUUAACCUUAAUCUACAAGAAUUAAAUUGAAUUUUUUAUUUAAUUUUGUGUGCAAUGCCUCGUGUGCAAUGCCUGCACUUCUAAAUUAUAUUGUUUUUUCUUAUCAUCUUUCUCAUAUAUAUAUAACAUGUUUCCUGCCGAAUCAAUUUUCAGUAACUUUUAGGCCGAAUUAUAUUGGACCGUUUAACCCACGUACAUUAUUGAAACUUAUAAUGUCGCAUAAUAUUUACAAGACUAUAAAUUCGUUAUUAUUAAGAAAAUAAUAUACGCUGUUAUGAAAUAUUUUAUAAUAACGCUGUACGUUCUAGUGAAAAUCUCAAACCAUUUAAAUAAUAAGUAUAAUGACCCUCGUCACACACCGGCAGAGAACACGUUAAGCGUAUAUAUAAGAAGAAAAUUUACGAUAUUUUUUAAGACUCUUUUUUAUUAAAAAAUUAAAGUAAAAUUUACAAAAGCAAAAGUAAUUUUUGUUAGACAAAUCAUUCGGCAGAUAUAUCAUUUUAUUUGUAUUAUGGAAAUGUCAGGAGACGAUUAUGAAAUUCUUCGACACACCAUUGGAAAUGAUUCUGAUAAUACAGCUGACUUUAGCCGGUGUGUUAGUGCCAUUUCUCGAGAUACCAUCGACAAGUCUGGUAAAGGCAUCGUAUUUCAUAAAAAAGAAUCCUGUCGAGAUCACGAAAGAAAAUUACAGGAACGUCAUUAUACCCGGUGACAUGGCUUCGAAACCUAUCGAGGAAUUGUCCGUUUUAGUUGAGGAGGCGUAUGUGCCGAUAUUAUCGAAUCCGAAGAACCACAAAGGUUGGCCGCGCGUUAUUGGUGAGGACGUGAAAAAGCACGUUUACGAUCUCCGCAACAUGAUAUGUCAGGUUAAAGGUAAGAUGAUGGGACAAACCUUACUACCAAUGCCAAUGGGCAUCGAACAGAUAUUCGAGGCGGAAUGGAAAACGCAGCAGAGUGGCGGUAUCGAGAUCGAUCUUCCUUUGAAAAGCAAUAUAGAAACUAUCGUAACAAAAUGGUGCUCGCAAAUAGGUGACACGCUAAACGAAGAAAGCCCAAAAAAUGAUAAGCAUUUACUACCAAGCGCCGAAAUUAAUUUCUGGCGUCAACGACUUGUAAACGUCGAAACUAUUCACAGUCAAAUGAAGGAUCCACGAGUAAAAAAGAUGGCAUCUAUCUUAGAAUUAUCCAAGAGUCCUUAUUCACCGCGUUUCAAGGUUCUGCUGAAGGAUGUUAUCGCGGCGGUGAUCGAAGCACGCGACGUAUGCGCCUAUUUAAAAGCGUUAGAACCUCACUUGGAAGAUAUACAAAAUACCGAAUUCAAAGAUACGCAGCCGAAAUUGAAACCACUGUUGCAUUGCGUGUGCCUGAUAUGGUCAAAUUCGAAAUAUUAUUGUAUUCCAAUGCGAAUAAUCACAUUAUUAUCCGAAAUAUCUAAUCUGCUAAUUAGCCAGGUACGUAAAAAAUCAUUUCAUAUUAUUUGUCAGAUGUUAUUUGAGACGGCUCAAGAAUAUUUGAAACUAGAAAGAAUGGAAUUCGCGAGUUUAAAAAAGAAAACGGUGUGUUCCAAAAUAUAUGACAUUUACGAAAAAUUUGUCAAAAUCUACCAUGAAUUUGGCGAAUUAGAGUAUGAUAUUCUCAUACCGGAAGAGAAACGAUUUACAGAUCACGUUCUUUCUUUUUUAGCAAAGGUGGAGGAGUUUGACAGAGAGUUGGCAAAUAUAUUCGAUCAAGCAUUUUCCGAAUGCCACAAUACCGAAAUCACAUUUAAAGUAAUAUGGAUUCUAGGCUCGAUGGCCAAUCGUCCAAUCAUCAUGGCACAAUUGUGGCACAAUUACGAGAGAUUACUUGAAAAAAUUCAUGAACAUUUUGACGAUAUUAAAGUCAUAUUUGACAACACCUUCAAAGACUACAAGGAGGACGAAUGGAUUGAAACCGAUCAGUAUUUCCCACAUGUCGCUGGCGCAUUGUGUACGUUAGCACAAUUGCGACAACGGAUAGACUAUCCGAUGCAAUGUGCGAAAUUAAUCGAUCAUCCCUUGAUAAACCUCAAAAUAGCACGCGAAACUAAACCAAAGUACGAUCAAAUGCAGGUAAUAUAUCUCACGAAGCUCUAUAAAAGAAACGAUGCGAAACAUGACCGUCAUUUCACUUUAAGCUCAUUGCGUUCUCUACAGUCGCUUAUGGAUGCGAUGGAACAUAAAAUAUUCACAGACUGGGCCAACAAGAUAGUCGAUAUAAGCAACAUUCAUUUAUCGAAAAGCUUAUUAACGGUACAUGAGAACAAACUAAUCGAUUUAAACUUUGAUCCGGAACUGACUGCUCUAUUGCGAGAAAUUCGUUUUAUGAUUACUAUGAAGAGAACGGACUUACCUGAGGAAGCGAUUCAAUUAUAUUCAAGAAUGCAAUAUUUCUUUGAGAGUACCUACAAUCUAAAUUUGCUCGUGCAAUGGUACAAUUGGAUAAGGAAUUAUAGCUUGCCUGUGGAAUUUGAAUUAUUGGAGAACGAAAUCGAAAAAGUAGAUGAAUUAAUUCGCUUUGGGCAAGAGAACUAUAAUUGGAAUUCUCCAGGUAAAAUUCUUAAUUAUAAUACAUCUAAAUAUAAAAAUAUUUACAUGUAUUAUGAUGCUCAAGUACCAGAGUACAUCGGUAAUUUAUUGAGUCUGGUGCGAAAGUUACAUUCGCGAAUCUUUCACGCUCAAGAAAACAUCAAUGGAUUGUUGCGAAUAAUUUAUUCGUGGGCGAUGUUUCCGAUAUUGGAGCGUAAGGACUCAAAAAAUGAAAAUUUGCUCGCCGUGGGUGAUCGCGAGGAAAAUUUCCAAAAAAGAUAUAAUCAGAUCGAACACGCUGAUAGAGAAUUAAAUCGAGUCUUGGAUGAAAAUUACAAACUCUUCUUCGAUUUGUUGCCCGAAUCAGUAUACGAGAAAGAGGAGAUUGAAUUGGACAAGAGUAAUUCUUAUUUUUUCAGACUUGAAAAUUUUACGAUUGGUACAAAAUACAAAAUUGUGACAUACCUCGAAGAAAGAACAGAUGGUACAGAAGAAUUGCGAACUUUACCGAGCUUAAGAAUGGAUGAAGAGAAGGAAAGAAUCGCGCCCGAUGGAAUGGAAAGUGAUAAAGUCGGCAAGGACGAAAGAAUGAUGGCAUUAACGGACGAAGAAAUCGCUCAAAAUAUGAUGAAAUGGAAACCUUAUCUCCCACUAAAAACUGUACAUAUGUCUAUAUGUCGCAGCAUAUGUUACCUGCUCGAUGAAACCGAUCCGGAAAGUAACGUGUCACCUCUUUUCGAGAUUCAUUUAUCGCUCGAUAUACCGUACAUUGUCUUCCGUCCUGCGGUAGAUCCGGACGAUCCUAAGGGUUUCUAUAUGUUUUACGAAAAUUUACUGCUUGAUAUCAUGAGAAUGGGAACUUUAAUACCACGCGUAGAUCCUGACCUCGCAUUGGAGCGAAAGCAUUACGGAGUACGUCACUAUUCAUUGAUUUAUUUACAUUUAUACUCUGCAAAGCGCAAUAUUUCGCAGAUUUUUGAACCGUAUUCCUGGCUAUGGCUCGACGACAGACAACAAUAUUUAAAUUUGUUUUUACGUUUUGGUCGCGCGCUCACGGACGAAGAAAAAAACAUGGUAGCGCAAGAGAAUUUGUCGGAACAUCUAAAAGAGAGAAAGCCAGAUUUGAUCGAUUUUAAGAGAGAAAUUGACUAUUUUAUAGGGCUUUAUAAAAAAUGCGAUGCGUUUGAGAAUGAAAAGGUUUUCUUGCGUUGGCUACGGUUAGACGUAAGAGCCUUUAAACAAGCUCUACUGAACACGAUCUGCAAGUGGACUAAUUUAUUCAAGACACAUCUGGUUGACCGCGUCAACAGCGAACUCAGAAAUCUUAGUGAAUUCUUGACAAAUGCUUUAAAGAAAUUUACCCAACCAAUCGCACCAGAUGAUUAUGAAGAUUUGCUCAACACUAUAUAUUAUUUAAAGGAAGUACGAGACCGACAAUACCAGAUUGACGAUAUGUGGGAACCAAUUAAGGCAACUAUAGAUCUCCUUAAACAGUACCAAGUGAAAUUCGGUGAAGAAACGUAUACUUGGCUGACGGAAUUACCGGAGCAAUGGGCAACGGUGAAAAAAUGGGCGGCGCAAGUGAAACAAUUUGUGAAUCCUCUGAUGGCACAUCAAAUCGACUUGCUGAAGAAACGUCUCAAGUAUUAUGAUUUCAGACAACAACAGUACCUAGCGCAAUUCCGCGAAAAUAUUGUAUUCAGUUUCGAUUGUACGAACGUGUACGAAAAAUUGGAUAAGAUUAAUGAAGAAAUUCUCAAGUUUGAGGAAGAAUUAAAGGCAUUGCAUGAUCAAGCAAAUAUAUUUGAACAGCAAGUGACGGAAUUUAAACAAAUUAAACUCGCUAGAAAAGAAUUAAGGCUUCUAAAGAAUCUUUGGGAUUACGUUAACAUCAUUACGUCGAGUCUAGACGAAUGGAAGACGACGUUGUGGAUUAGGAUAGACGUCGAAGGAAUGGAACAAGAGUGUAAAAAAUUGAUUCGAGAAUUGAGACAAUUAGAUAAAGAGGCGCGAACUUGGAAUUUAUAUUCUCGCACAGAAGCACAAGUGAAAAAUAUGGUAUCAUCGCUAAGAGCAGUUUCAGAACUACAAAAUCCCGCCAUCAGGGGCAGACAUUGGCAACAACUUAUGGCUAAAAUGCGGGUGAAAUUCACUAUGGAUGAUAAAACCACUUUGGAAGAUUUAUUAAAAUUAGAGCUUCAUAAAUUUGAAGAGGAAGUUAAGAACAUGGUGGACAAGGCCGUUAAAGAAAUGAAUAUGGAGAAAAUUCUCAAAGAGUUGCACAACAUAUGGGAUAUUCUCGAGUUCGAUAAAGAGAUGCAUGAACGCACUAAACUCAAUGUCUUAAAUAUAAGCGAAGAAACGAUCGAGAUGUUGGAAGAAAACCAGGUACAAUUGCAUAACAUGUUGGACUCCAAGUACGUUGCCUAUUUCCUCGAUGAAGUGAUAGAUUGGCAACAAAAGCUUAACAAUGCAGAUGCUACAAUUAAUGCCUGGUUUCAAGUUCAGCGAGCUUGGAUGCAUCUCGAAAGCAUUUUUAUUGGUUCAGAAGAUAUAAGAAGUCAAUUGCCGGAGGAAUCAAAGCGUUUUGAAAAAAUAGAUAAAGAUUUUAAAGAUUUAUUGAAAGAAAUGUUGAGCAAUUUAAAUAUAGUAAAGUCAACGAAUAGACCGAAACUUUUGGAUCGGCUUGAAGAGUUGCAAAGGCAAUUAAAUAUUUGCGAGAAAGCCCUGUCCGAUUAUUUGGAGACAAAAAGAUUAGCCUACCCACGUUUCUAUUUCAUCUCAUCCGCAGAUCUAUUAGACAUUCUGAGCAAUGGAAACAAUCCCGAAAUGGUAUGCAAGCAUUUGUCCAAAUUAUACGACUCGUUGGCAAAGCUCCAGUGGAAAAUUGAAGAAGGAAAAGCGACGAAACACGCUAACCGGAUGAUAGCGAAGGAUGGCGAGGAAAUGGCUAUGCAUGGAACAUGUGACUGCACGGGAAAGGUUGAGAUCUGGUUGAAUCGCGUCACGGAAGCAAUGAGAAAAAGCGUAAAAUAUCGUUUCGGUCAAGCUGUCGCCUCGUACGACGAGAAACCUCGUGAACUUUGGAUUCUAGAUUACGAGGCACAGCCAGCUUUAUGCGGCACGCAAAUCUGGUGGACCUCCGAAGUGAAUAUGGCAUUCGCGAGACUCGAGGAAGGAUUCGAGAACGCACUCAAGGAUUAUCAAAAGAAACAAAUCGGCCAAUUAAAUACUUUGAUUUCACUUUUGCGCAGCGAGUUGAACGAAAACGAUCGACGGAAGAUCAUGACCAUCUGCACUAUCGACGUGCACGCGCGGGACGUUGUCGGAAAAUUAAUAUCUAUCAAAGCAGAGAGCUCCUCUUGCUUUGCAUGGCAGUCGCAGUUAAAACACAGGUGGGACGACAAAUCAGGAGAUUGCUUCGCCAACAUUUGCGACGCGUGUUUCAUAUACGCUUACGAGUACCUGGGUAACGUGCCGCGGCUGGUAAUUACGCCGUUGACGGACAGAUGCUACAUUACUUUGACGCAAUCGUUGCAUCUGAUAAUGGGCGGAGCACCGGCUGGGCCUGCGGGGACGGGAAAAACCGAGACGACCAAGGACCUCGGUAGAGCCCUCGGACAAAUGGUUUACGUCUUCAACUGUUCCGAACAAAUGGAUUAUAAAUCAUGUGGCAACAUAUACAAAGGAUUAGCCCAAACUGGUGCAUGGGGUUGCUUCGACGAAUUCAACAGAAUUUCCGUCGAGGUAUUGUCGGUCGUGGCUGUGCAAGUGAAAUGUGUUUUAGACGGAGUGAAAAACCGAAAGAAAAAGUUUUUAUUUUUUGGGGAGGAGCUUAAUAUCGUGGAUACAGUUGGCAUGUUCAUCACGAUGAAUCCCGGUUACGCCGGUAGAACGGAAUUACCCGAAAAUUUGAAAACAUUAUUUCGGCCGUGCGCUAUGGUGGUGCCCGAUUUUGAACUAAUUUGCGAGAUUAUGUUAGUGGCGGAGGGCUUCCAAGAAGCGAGAUUGCUGGCGAGGAAGUUUAUUACCCUAUACACGCUAUGUCGAGAGCUUUUAUCCAAGCAAGACCACUACGACUGGGGUUUGAGAGCCAUCAAGUCCGUUUUGGUCAUCGCUGGAAAGCUGAAACGUGACGAUAGGCAAAGGCCGGAGGAGCAAGUGCUAAUGAGAGCGCUAAGGGAUUUUAAUAUGCCUAAAGUCGUGACUGACGAUGUGCCCGUCUUCAUGGGAUUAAUAGGAGAUUUAUUUCCCGCGUUGGAUGUACCGCGAAAAAGAGAUUUGGAUUUCGAAAGAAUGAUCAAAAGUGCGGCACUUGAUUUAAAGUUGCAACCAGAGGACGGGUUUAUUCUCAAGGUGGUACAAUUGGAAGAGUUAUUUCACGUUCGACACUCGGUCUUUAUCGUCGGCCUCGCCGGGACCGGUAAGACCGAAGUCUGGAAAACGCUUAACCGAACGUACUCGAACCAAAAGCGCAAACCGCACUACAACGAUCUCAACCCAAAGGCGGUGACCAACGACGAGUUAUUUGGUGUCAUUAAUCCGGCAACGAGGGAAUGGAAAGACGGGUUGUUCUCCAUGAUAAUGAGGGAGCAAGCUAACAUGGCGGGCGACGGUCCAAAGUGGAUCGUCUUCGAUGGUGACAUCGACCCGAUGUGGAUCGAAUCCCUUAAUACUGUCAUGGACGAUAACAAGGUUCUAACGUUAGCGAGUAACGAAAGAAUUGCAUUGACCAAACACAUGCGUCUUCUCUUUGAAAUUUCCAACUUAAGGACAGCUACGCCAGCAACGGUAUCUAGAGCGGGAAUUUUAUACAUCAAUCCACAAGAUUUAGGCUGGAGCCCAUUUAUCACAAGCUGGAUAGAAACGAGAGAUCAUUCGGAACGCGCCAACUUGUCCAUUCUCUUCGAAAAGUACAUUCCACCUCUACUGGAAGUAACAAAAUCAAAAUUCAAAAAGAUCACACCUUUACCAGAAAUAUGUCACUUGGAAAUGCUCUGUCACUUACUCGAUUGCUUUUUGACUAAAGAAAAUGUACCGCUGGAUUGUCCGAAGGAAUGGCACGAAUUGUAUUUUGUAUUUGCCUGCAUCUGGGCAUUCGGUUCUGCAAUGUUUCGAAAUCAGUUGAUAGAUUGGCGGAACGAAUUUAGCAGAUGGUGGCAAAAUGAAUUUAAAACUGUCAAGUUUCCAUCGGGCGGAACCGUGUUUAGUUACUUCAUAGAACCAGAGACGAAAAAAUGGAUACCCUGGACCGAAAAAGUCGACCCGUUUCAAUUGGAUUCAGAUAUUCCGCUUCAGUCCGCUUUGGUACCAACUGGAGAAACGGUGCGCUUGCGCUUUUUCAUGGAUUUAUUGAUAAAGAAGCGCGCUCCGAUUAUGUUAGUGGGUGGAGCAGGUUCCGGAAAAAGCGUCGUUAUGGCCGACAAAUUAACAAGCUUGCCAGACAAUUAUAACAUCGCAAAUGUUCCUCUUAACUUCUACACUACAUCAGACAUGUUGCAGAGAGUACUUGAGAAACAUUUGGAGAAAAAAGCAGGGCGUAAUUAUGGUCCUCCGGGUACGAAACUUUUGGUAUAUUUCAUAGAUGACAUGAAUAUGCCGGAAGUGGACACUUAUGGAACGGUACAACCUCAUACUCUUAUUAGACAACACAUGGAUUACAAUCACUGGUAUGACAGAAGCAAAUUAACUUUAAAAGAGAUUCACAAUACACAGUACGUAUCUUGUAUGAAUCCUACUGCAGGCAGUUUCACCAUAGAUCCACGUUUACAGAGACACUUUGCCGUGUUCGCAGUUAGUUUCCCACAAAAAGAGGCACUCGUAAUGAUAUACAGUCAGAUCCUCAAGCAACAUGUGACUGAUCCGCAACAAAAGUUUAAUUCAGCGGUGCAAAAAUUCAUAGAUCCUCUGAUAGACGCCGCAUUGUAUCUUCAUGAUAAAAUUGCCGCGACUUUUCUACCGACGGUCAUCAAGUUUCAUUAUGUUUUCAAUUUACGCGAUUUAACUAAUAUAUUCCAGGGGAUGCUUUUUGCCCGUGGCGACGCUUUACCACUUCCGAGUCACAUAAUCAGACUUUACGCUCAUGAAGCGAUGCGAGUGUAUCGUGACAAAUUGGUGGACUUUGAAGACCAGAAAAUAUUCGAUCAAUUGCUGCUCAAUGCACUCCGCAAAAAUAUAUCUGAAUUGAACGAAACCGAAAUUGGUUUGGAGCAGCCAUUGGUAUACUGUCAUUUCGCGGAAGGAAUUGGCGAGCCGAAAUAUGCACCUGUCAAAAAUUGGACUCACCUUGUAAAAUUACUUGAUGAAGCUUUGCUCAAUUAUAAUGAGCUGGUGUCCGCGAUGAAUUUAGUAUUAUUUGAAGAUGCUGUGUAUCACGUGUGUCGUAUCAAUAGAAUUUUGGAAGCACCGAGAGGCAAUGCGCUUCUAGUGGGUGUAGGUGGUAGCGGCAAACAGUCUUUAUCGCGUUUAGCUUCUUUCGUUUCCUCGUUGGAGGUAUUCCAAAUACAAUUGCGCAAAGAUUAUUCCUUAAAUGAAUUAAAAGCUGACUUGGCCGUUUUAUAUCUAAAAGCCGGCUUGAAGAGUAUCGGUAUUACUUUUUUAAUGAGCGAUUCUCAAGUCGCGGAAGAAAAAUUUUUAGUUGUGGUGAACGAUAUGUUAGCGACGGGAGAAAUCACGGAAUUAUUUACCGAUGAUGAAGUAGAUAACAUUAUUAACGCCAUACGUAACGAGGUUAAGCAAACUGGAUUAAUUGAUACGAAAGAAAAUUGCUGGAAAUUUUUUAUCGAACGCGUACGAAAGCAAUUGAAAUGUGUUCUAUGCUUCUCGCCGGUAGGAGCGACCCUUCGAAAAAGGGCCAGGCAAUUCCCCGCAAUAGUAAAUUGCACCGCGAUUGACUGGUUUCAAGACUGGCCGCAGAAAGCGUUGGAAUCUGUGUCGACAACGUUCUUAGAGGAGUUGAAAGAAUUACCGAUCGAACACCAAACUUCCGUUUCUCUCUUCAUGUCUUUCGUUCACACGAGCGUUAACGAUAUGUCCUCGUUAUAUUUACAAAAUGAAAGAAGAUACAACUACACAACGCCAAAAUCAUUCCUUGAACAGAUCUUUUUAUAUUCCAAGUUAUUAAUAGAAAAAUCACACGACUUGGAAGCAAUGAUCUCGCGUCUCACCGAUGGCUUGGUGAAACUCGAAUCCUGCUCUAUUCAGGUCGACGAAUUAAAGAUUAUUUUAAUGGCUCAAGAAAUUGAGUUGAAGAAAAAGAAUGAAAUAGCUGAUAAAAUAUUGGCCGAAGUACGCGCGGAAAAUACAAAAGCGGAAGCAGAAAAGGCUAUCGUAACCGAGGAAGAAGCAAAAGUAGCAGAAAUCAAGGAGAUAGUAUUGGAAAAGCAAAAACAUUGCGAUGAAGACUUGGCCCGUGCAGAGCCGGCCGUAAGACAAGCCGAAGCUGCACUCAACACUCUGAACAAGAAUAAUUUAACUGAAUUGAAGUCUUUUGGAUCUCCGCCGGAUGCCGUGCUUACGGUUGUUCAGGCCGUACUGAUUUUAUUUUCGCCGAAAGGAAAAAUUCCAAAAGACAAAAGUUGGAAGGCUUGCAGAAUAAUAAUGGGAUCUAUCGAUGGAUUUCUCUCAGAAUUGCGCAAUUACGAUAAAGAGAACAUACACCCGGACGUCGUAAAGGCGAUUCAACCGUACAUCAAUGAUAAAGAUUUUGAUCCGGACUUUGUAUAUUCAAAAUCGCAAGCGGCAGCGGGACUUUGUAGCUGGGUAAAGAAUAUCAUGGUAUUUCAUUACAUCAAUGAGAAUGUGAAACCUUUGAGAGCAGCGCUUGCUCAGGCAAACGUCGAAUUGAAAGUUGCUAUGGAAAAAUUGAAUUCGUUGAGAAACCGUUUAGCGGAGCUUCAGAAAAUGUUAGACAUUCUAGGUGAAAAAAUGAACGUGGCUUUAGGCGAAAAACAAAAAUGUCAAGACGAAGCGGAUGCGACUGCGUUCACUAUAGAUUUAGCAAACCGAUUGGUAAACGGUCUCGCAUCCGAGAAUAUUCGUUGGGCCGAGACUGUUCAACUAUUAAGGAAAUCCAAAAUUACUUUACCGGGCAAUGUACUGCUCGUUACGGCAUUCAUUUCUUACAUGGGAUGUUUUACGAAGAAAUAUAGAAUGGAUCUUAUGAAUUUAUAUUGGUUGCCAUUUCUCGACAAUCUGCAAGUGCCAAUACCAUACACGUUAGACCUGGAUCCGUUGUCCUUAAUGACUGACGAUGCAAGAAUCGCCCAAUGGAAUAACGAGGGUUUACCUACAGACAGAAUGUCCUCGGAAAAUGCCACGAUACUCACAAAUUCGUCUAGAUGGCCACUUAUGAUUGAUCCGCAAUUACAAGGAAUUAAAUGGAUCAAAAAUAAAUACGGACAAAAUUUGAUAGUGUUACGUUUGACUCAGAAGAAUUAUCUCGACAAAAUCGAACACGCUAUUGCUAAUGGAGAGAUAGUAUUACUGGAAAAUAUCAUGGAAACGGUUGACGCCGUUCUAGAUCCAAUCUUAGGCCGAGUUUUAAUAAAGAAGGGAAGGGCCAUCAAGGUGGGAGACAAAGAGGUGGAUUACGACCCGCGCUUCCGUCUGAUAUUACAAACAAAACUGGCAAAUCCUCACUAUAAGCCGGAGAUGCAAGCUCAGACUACACUCAUCAAUUUCACGGUUACGAAAGACGGUUUGGAGGAGCAGCUAUUAGGUACCGUCGUGAAAGCGGAGCGUCCGGAUUUGGAGUCGAGCAAAGCCAAGCUCACGAUUCAGCAAAACACGUUCAAGAUCACGUUGAAAGUGUUGGAGGACGAUCUGUUGCACAGAUUGGCAACGGCGGGUCCCGAUAUCCUGAGCGACGUCGCUCUUGUGGAGAAUCUCGAAACUACGAAGAAGACUGCCAGCGAGAUCGAGGCGAAGGCAAUCGAGGCGAAGAUGACUGCCGCAAAGAUAGACGAGGCGCGAGAGUCCUACCGACCGGUAGCGUCCAGAGCCAGCCUCCUCUACUUCAUCCUUAACGAUCUCAACAAGAUCAACAUGCUGUAUCAGUUUUCUCUCAAGGCAUUCAACACAGUCUUUCAAAAUGCCAUUAAAUUUGCGGAGCCGGUAGACGCCCUCGGUAAACGAGUCGCCAAUUUGAUCGACAGCGUUACGUACUUGGUUUUUACGUAUACCAGUAGAGGACUGUUCGAAAGCGACAAGCUCAUAUUUUUAUGUCAACUGACUCUUCAGAUUCUCCUGCAAAUGAAAGAAAUAGAUCAACUUGAAGUGGAUUUUCUCUUGCGAUUCCCUUAUUUACCGGAUCUCACGAGUCCGGUAGAUUUCCUGAAUAACGUUAGUUGGGGCGGCAUCAAGUAUCUAAGCGGAAUGGAAAAUUUUCACAAUUUAGACCGCGAUAUAGAUGGGGCUGCGAAAAGGUGGAAGAAGUUCGUCGAAUCGGAAACGCCCGAGAGAGAAAAAUUUCCCCAGGAAUGGAAAAACAAAACGGCCUUUCAGAGACUUUGCAUAAUGAGAUGUGUGAGACUAGAUCGAAUGGUUUAUGCUAUACGUUACUUCGUGGAAGAGAAAUUGGGUGCAAAAUUCAUACAGUUUCGAAUGCAAUCUUUUGAAAAAUCGUACGAAGAAACAAGCGCGAGCACGCCGGUAUUUUUUAUUUUGUCUCCAGGAGUCGAUCCUCUAAAGGAUGUCGAAAAACUCGGUAAACGACUUGGCUUCACAUUCGACGCACAGAAUUUCCACAAUAUAUCAUUAGGACAAGGUCAAGAGCCAAUCGCGGAAGAAACGAUAGAAGUGUCAGCGCGCGACGGCCACUGGGUUAUACUCCAAAAUGUUCAUCUAGUAAGAAAUUGGUUACCAAAUCUAGAAAAGAAGAUAGAACAACUCUCGGAAGAUCCGCAUAAAGAUUAUCGGCUCUAUAUUAGCGCAGAACCAAGUCCUGAUCCACACGCAUCGAUAAUACCACAAGGUAUACUAGAAUCGGCCAUAAAAAUCACCAACGAACCGCCAACUGGUAUGCAUGCCAACAUUCACAAAGCCUUGGACAACUUUAGUCAGGAUACAUUGGAAUCUUGCACCAAGGAGACCGAGUUCAAAGCUAUUCUCUUCACCCUCUGUUAUUAUCACGCUGCUGUGGCAGAACGCAGAAAAUUUGGCGCACAAGGAUGGAAUAGGUUGUAUCCCUUCAACAUCGGCGACUUGACCAUCAGUGUAUCAGUACUGUUGAAUUAUCUCGAGGGUAAUACUAAAGUACCUUGGGAAGAUUUACGCUAUUUAUUCGGUGAAAUCAUGUAUGGCGGUCAUAUAACCGACGAUUGGGACAGAAGACUGUGCCGAACGUAUCUCUUAGAGUACUUGCAACCAGAAUUGGUUGAAGGUGAAUUAUACUUGGCCCCGGGUUUUCUGGUGCCAACCAGUACCGAUUACACGGGCUAUCAUCAAUAUUUAGAAGAUUAUUUGCCACCAGAGAGCCCCAUCUUAUACGGACUUCACCCGAACGCGGAGAUUGGAUUUCUCACGAGCACAGCGGAGAACUUGUUUAAAACAAUCUGGGGGAUGCAACCACGAGACAGUGUCGAUGCAGCAGCCGGAGUGUUAUCGAAAGAGGACAAGGUGAAAACUAUAAUAGAGGAUAUAUUGGACAAGCUUCCCGAAGAGUUUAAUAUACAAGACUUGAUGAGCAAGACGGAAGAGCGUACUCCUUUCGUUACAGUCGCUCUCCAAGAAUGCGAACACAUGAACGUGCUGUGCAAGGAACUGAAACGAUCUUUGAGAGAACUAGAUCUCGGUUUGAAGGGUGAGCUCACGAUUAGUGCGGAUAUGGAGAAUCUACAAAAUUAUUUAUUCAUGGACUUGGUACCACCAUCCUGGACCAAACGCGCCUAUCCCUCCACCCUCGGAUUGUCGAGUUGGUUCGCGGACAUGCUCAAUCGAAUAACCGAGCUAUCGAAUUGGACGAUAGAUUUUAACUUGCCAUCGUCGAUCUGGCUGGGUGGCUUUUUCAAUCCGCAGUCGUUACUUACCGCCAUCAUGCAGCAAACCGCUCGUAAAAACGAGUGGCCCCUGGACAAAAUGUGCCUACAUUGCGACGUAACCAGAAAGCAAAAGGAAGAACUUGCAGUGCCACCGCGCGAGGGCGCCUAUAUCAACGGUUUGUACAUGGAGGGUGCACGAUGGGAGGUCGCGAGCGGCGUCAUCGCGGAUUCACGACUGAAGGAGCUGUUCUUUCUGAUGCCGGUCGUGUUCGUAAAGGCGAUCACGCAGGACAAGCAGGAGACGAAGAACAUGUACGAAUGUCCGGUCUACAGGACUAGAACGCGCGGCCCUACGUACGUCUGGACGUUCAACUUGAAGACCAACGACAAGCCCACCAAGUGGACCUUGGCCGGCGUCGCGAUUCUCCUGCAGAUUUAAUCGAGCUCGCGAAGCUAAGCUCCUCCACGGAGUGGAGUACGCACGAAGCGGAGUCCGCCGGGGGUCACGUUCACACGCGAUUUCGCGCUCAUAAUAGUUGAUAUUUUUUAUCGCCUCUCUUGGCGAGUAGUAGUAGUAGUAGUAGUAGUAGUAGUAGUAGU